CUGAGCGGGGACCGAGCCCAGGUGUCCAGGCUCGAGGUCGGGAGGGGGCAUGGCGGGCCGGCGGGUAGUGAGCUCCCGGUCCCGGGGGCUUCUGCUCACUCGGCCGCCCUUGGCGCGGCGUCCCGGCAGCACCGCUGGCUCUUCUUCCUGUCGCGGGGGGUGGUGGGCGUCGGCGUGGCCAGCUACUCCACCAUCGCCCCCACCGUCAUCGGGGACCUGUUCGUGAGGGGCCGCAGGACCCGGAUGCUGUCGCUCUUCUACAUCUUCAUCCCAGUCGGAAGCGGCCUGGGCUACGUGCUGGCAUCCGCAGUGACCGAGGCUACGGGAGACUGGCACUGGGCCUUCAGGAUCCUGCCCUGCUUGGAGGCGGCGGCCUUGGCCCUCCUGAUCCUGCUGGUCCCGGACCCCCCGCGGGGAGCGCUGGAGGAGCGGCCCGAAGCCUCCUCCGCAGCCAGGAGCAGCUGGUGCGAGGACGUCCGCUCCCUGUGGAGGAAGUGAGUGCGCGGCGCG